AUGCAUAUUCCCUUGUUGGGCAGACUUUCCCUUUACAUCUCAACACUCAUUACACGCUUGCUUCCUUCCACGGUGAUCAACAUCAUCACCUACUCCCUUCAGGUCGUCUACAGCUUCACGGCGUCCCCUAUUCGGUUCAUCUCUUCUGGAGGCGAGAUCCUGAAGGAGGACGGUAUGCCAGAUAUCAAAUACAGAUACUUGUCUGGCGGAGAGGGCGUCAUUGAUAAGAAGAAGUACGAUAGAAUGACCGUGCUCCUCAACGCCAAGGACAUCCUGGAGAUGUGCUCGGUGUUUGGGUACGAGGUAGAGCUGAGAAUGAUUAGAACUAAAGAUGACUAUUUGCUCACAGUUCAGAGAAUCCUGAGACCUAAUGCUGGUCCUAGAAACGGAAAGGUCGUCUACAUGCACCAUGGCCUCCUCAUGUGCUCUGAGAUCUGGGUGACCAUGCUUGAUAAAGAUGCCAACUUGCCAUAUGUGCUUUACGAGCUUGGUUACGAUGUCUGGUUGGGCAACAACCGUGGUAACAAGUACUCGCACAAGCACUUGAGCCAUAGACUCAACCUGGAGAAGUUCUGGGAUUUCGCCUUGGACGAGUUUGCGUUCUACGACAUUCCAGACACCAUCAACUAUAUUCUUGCUGCUACAAAGAAGGAGAGUUUGAUCUACGUGGGCUUUUCUCAGGGCACCGCUCAGGCUUUCGCUAGUGUUUCUGUUAAUCCAGACUUGAACGAAAAGAUUGAGCGCAUUAUUGCCAUCUCGCCUGCCACGACCCCACAUGGCCUUUACUCCAGAUUCCUCGAUAUAUUGCUCAAGUCCAGCCCAAGAGUUCUCAUGCCAAGCGUUCAGUUAUGGAACAGAAUCAUGUAUCCACCCUUCUUUGACACCUCCAUUGAUGUCGCUAAUUACACCUUGUUCAACUGGAAGGCGCUCAAUAUCGACAAGGUGCAGAAACUCAGCUCCUACGCUCACUUGUACUCCACCACCUCUGUCAAGACGGUGGUGCAUUGGUUCCAGAUUAUUUCCGCCAAGAAGUUUCAGAUGUACCACGACGAGUCCAACUUUUCUUCUCUUAACCCAAUCGAAUACCCAUUGAAGAACAUCGAGGUCCCAAUUCAUUUAAUCUACGGUGAUUCGGACCUGUUGGUUGACAUCGAAGUGAUGGAGAACCAGUUGCCAAAGAAAUACACCACCUCACACCCUGUUGCGGGCCAUGAGCACUUAGAUAACUUAUGGGGAAGAGAUGCUGCCAGAAUUGUUUUCCCAUUGGUUUUGCAGUCUCUUGGUGAAGAAGUUGCCAAUGGUAAGAAGCAACAGCCCCAGCUAGAUAGUAAGACUAGCAACAUAGACAAGAAUAGUCAGAAAGUUCCCCACGCUGAUACCGAAGAUGCUGAAUAUACCGAUAUUGUGUGGACCAAAAGCUUAAGUAUUCACGAAUGCUCACAGGAGAUCUCAAAGAGCUUGGAUGUGCUUCUUCGAGGCAAGCCAGCCGAUACAGAGAAGGAAAAUUAUGAAGGUUUACUAGAGAGUGCCACAAAGGCUGUUCCGGAGCCCCUGAAGGCUUUGACACAGUGUUAUCCUCAGAAUUACCUAUCAGAGAUCCUCAUAACGAAUUACGCCGACCUUGUCAAAUUCUGCCUGCUGUACUUAAACUUGACGCUCUCGCUGAAAGUGACCAAGUUUGUGGUAAAUCUUUUUUACAGUUUGGAAUGUUGGGAGAUAUACCAUCUACUACAGAUGAUACCCAACCUAGACUACUUCCUCAGGCUUGUGGAUAUCGAGGUCACAGAUACGCCGUUUGGGCAUGUUGUGUCACCCCCAGAUAAUUAUAUGGGAUUUAAUCUAAGACAGGGCUUCCAAUACCCAUUUCCGUUCCCCUUUUACAACUUCUCCUACCACACCAUGAACCCAGACGUGACGAAUCAGAAGUACCAGCGGCUCCGCAUUGAUAAUUACAUCGACAUUCGUUUGAACAAGGCGCAACCGAAAAAGAAGAAGAAGACGAGGGCACCUAAAAAGAGCUCAGUAUCACAGGAGGCGUCUCCUCAGCGUCUCUUAAGGCAAGAUUCCGCCAUCUCUGAAAACUCGCAAGAGUUCACAUUUCAAAAGGUCACACACAGAGAUAUCGCUUUUGAUAUCCAGACCGUUGGUGAAUUGGAGGAUGACGAUGAUGGAUACACGACAGAUGAGGCCGAGAGGAUUUUGCAAGAUGAGAACAGAGCAGUGCCCAUGGGACAACAAGGCUUGGUUUUCGUGCCAUCCAUAUUUCAACACUUGGUUCUGCCAGGCGGCCUCACAUCAGGGCCUGUCACUAGACUCUCAAGUUUGCACGAAUUUCAGGAGCCUCCAUUGGCAAGUGUUCAAAGACCAGAUCUACCGGCACUUCCACCACAUCAAAAUCCUCAACUGGUCAUCAGGUCGCCUCGGGAGGAAAUCAAAAAGGAGGGAUCCAGUUUGGCCCAGCCACCCUCUUUCAUUUCCCAGGCACCAAUACCGGCAUCUUUGCAGUACCCUCCACAGUACAAGGAUCCUUCAAGACUGCCAUACUACGGUACAUCCUCCAGGAUGGGUUCUCAUCCACUGCCUCAAUUCCCUGCCUAUGCUUCUGCCUUACCCCCACCAGCAACGCUCGUAUCUCCACAGCUCAAAACAAGAGAGGAAGGCCACCAGGAUAAUUCCCCACAGCUACAACGAUACGGAUACCAAGGCUAUCCCGCAUUUCAGCCUUAUGGUCAGCCCUUUUAUGGCGACCGAAGACUCUUUAUGCAAAUGCCUAUGCAGGGAUAUCUUCCAGGCCAGGGAAUCCCUCAAAAUAUGCAUAGUCCACAGUAUCAGCAGCAGUUUAUAGGCUCCAUGCCCAUGCCCCCACUUGGGUACCAGUAUCCCGUUGCAGAUGCUGCACAGCCACAUGGGUCGCCGCCGAUGCACGCCAUCCAAUCAAAUCCCACUCCUCCGCCUCCGGGAUCCAUUCAUCUGCCUCAUUUGAGAGACGAGGACAAGUCCAAGAAAAAGUGA